GACCAGAUAAGCCACACUGGGAAUGGGACCACAAAUCAGAAGCAAGAAAAACUUUUCCUUCUUUCGGGUCUUCCCACUCCGAAGACAUCUCUUUAUUCAAAGGGAAUAAACUUUUCCUCUGAGCAGAAGAAGAAACAGGUGCAAGAAACUCACAGAUGGGAUAAGUAGGGAUAUUUAUUCGUUUUUUAUUACCUUGCCAAAGAGGCAGGUAUGUAAGUUUUUCACUUACAAACUUAAUUUGAGUUAGGUAUUUAACAACAUAGCCAUUAACUCUGGUUUGACUCUCUAAAAGCAUUUAUGACAUGCUUUAAAGUGAGGUGUGCUGAUCCUAGAAUAAAGCAGCGGAAGUCUUUUGUUAGAAAGGCUGUGAUUUCUAAAGGUGCGUCUCUGGGGCCCUGGUGCAUGGCGCUAAAAGGUGUCGAAGCAGGCAGAGAGGUUUAUUGGUUUCCAUCUGAGUUACAAUGGCUAAGUGGUUCAAGGAGUUCCCCAUCAAUCUGAAGAAUGGUACCGACAGGAUCCGCUCAGCCUCCGAAUCAGGCUCACAACCAAGAGCCAGUAAAGCCGGACUGGUGGCCAGCAUUGGUACCAAAUCACCAGGCUCCAAAACGGGCCAUCGCAAAAACUCCUCUAGUGACAGCACAGGCGGAGGAGGUGGUGGUGGAGGAGUUGGAUCUCUCCUGUCGGGAAGAAACCGCAAGAACUCAGCCAUAGACUUGGGCAAAAAUGGUGUAAGUUCCCCAAAAGAUGGAAAAGUUUGGGAUAGCCUUCUCCUGUCUGGGAAAAGUCGCAAGAACUCCAAAGCGGAGCAGUGUGUGUUUGAGGAGCAGCACAGACCUCUGAAAAACUCCGCAUCCGCCAACGCUUACAUCAGCCGGCUGAUCCGAGUGGACAAACAGGAUAAAAGCCCCAACUUCAACAGCGGUACCAUCACCAAUCAAGUGGUACCAGAAGCAGAGAAACCAGCUCAGUGCAAAACAGAAACGGUGAUCAUCCUUGAGGAUUAUGCAGAUCCCUUCGAUGCUCAGAAGACCAGAGAGCAAAGGGAGGCAGAGAGGGUUGGGGAGAAUGAUGGUUACAUGGAGCCUUAUGAUGCCCAGCAGAUGAUUACCGAGAUUAGACGUCGGGGAUCCAAAGACCUGCUGAAGGCGUGUUUGCAGAUGGAGGGGAAUGAGGGAACGGUGGUGGUGGAGGAAGGUCAGCCUGCGACCUUACAGAUCUAUGAUAUCCCGUAUGAGGGAAGUGGUGACAGUGAGAAGACGGCAGUCACACGGCCAGAGCUGGACACUCGUCCCUCUACUGAGUACGAGCUGCCCUGGGAGUGGAAGAAGGAACAUAUUGUCAAAACUCUGUCAGCACAGUUUGACAGCCCUGAGCGCUCAGUCAAAGAUGAGACACCUCACCUCACACUCACUAGGCAGCCGCCACAUUCGCCAGCACAGCCGCCACAGCCGCUACAGCCGCCACAGCAUCAGCACCUGAGGCAGAAAAGCUGGACCCAGAAGAUCCUGAAAUCCUCCACUCACACCCUCUCCCCAACCUCCUCCACCCCUGGAAGCAGCCCUGAAAGUGAGACCUGCUUUGUCGACCCCACCCUGCCCCUGGACAAACAGAGCUGGUACCAUGGCUGUGUGACUCGGCAGGAGGCGGAGUUCCAGCUGCAGUCCUGCAAAGAGGCCAGCUUCCUGGUCAGGAACAGUGAGUCGGACAACAGCAAAUACUCCAUCGCCCUCAAAACGAGCCAAGGAUGUGUUCAUAUCAUUGUCGCCCAGACCAAAGAAAACGGCUACACCCUGGACCAGAGCAGCUGCGUGUUCCCCAGCAUCCCAGAGGUGGUGCACCACUACUGCACUCAGCGCCUGCCUUUCAACGGCGCUGAGCACAUGACCCUGCUGCACCCAGUGGCUCGCAUUCAUUAACUCCACCCCACCUCACUUAGGUAAACAAAACAAAGACACGUCUGGGCCUAAAUGGACAACUGGACAAUCAGUUCAAUGUGUACUACUGCUGUGUCCUUUUCACCAGUCUCAGUUCAUUAUUUGUUUGUUUAUUAUAUCCCACAUUAUGUGUGUUAAUUUUGUCAUUUUAAUUUCAUCAUGUAGAAUAUAUCUGAAAGCUGUGGAUAUCUUCCUCUGUCUUUGAUGUGCAGCUGAUGCAAAACAUCCUGGCUGCUGUUUUGCAUGUGAACAUGAUGGAAGCGCAGCACAAAUGUGGAGGCACUUUUCUUGAGGAAAUGUGAUUUGGAGUUUGAUUUGGCCAGGAUAUAUUUUAUUAUACACUGUAGCUCUAUUUUAAAAAAGCUACAUG